GAAGGCAACACGGGUUAUCACCAUUAUCAGAGGAGCGCGCCUCAUCCCCUUCAAGGUGUCUCUUUGGGCGGCUAACUCACAGUCUUACCUGGCGCUUUAAUUGAACCAUUUCGAUACUCAUUUAUCUGGUUUAACGUCUCGGGACUGUUGGUGCCAUGAAGGGAAUCCGGGUUUUCGUGGUUUUCUUGGUGCUUUCCGCGUCUCUGCUGUGCACCGCCGAGGCGGCCAGGAGCAAGACUAGCAACCAGAACAGCUUCCGGCGGGCAGCUAACGGCGUCUACCAGACUCUGAGUGGUGUUUUCGGAGAGGACAACAUGAGGGGGAUCUACAAGUUUUUCUCUAAAACCACGGAGCGGUUUGUUCAUGGAGUGGACUCGUUUCUUGACGCCAUCUGGAAGAUCUGGUCAGAUUUGCUGGAUGUUAUGGGCAUCGAAUCCUCAAACCUCAGCCACUACUUCAGCCCCACAUCUCUCACCAACUCUCCGGCACGCGCCCUGCUCCUGGUUGCCGCGGUACUUGUGGCCUACUGGUUCCUCUCCAUGUUCCUGGGGGGUUUCUUUUACCUGCUGCACGCUGUGUUCGGACGCUUCUUCUGGCUGGCCCGUGUCACGCUCUUCGCCCUGUCCUGCCUCUACAUCCUGCAGAAGUUUGAGGGUGACCCUGAGCGCGCGGUGCUGCCCCUCUGCUUCAUCAUGGCGGUGUACUUCAUGACGGGGCCCGUCGGAGCGUACUGGCGUCGGGGAGGUGGAGCCGGUUCACUGGAAGAGAAAAUCGACCACCUGGACACUCAGAUCAGGCUGCUGAACAUCAGGCUGAGCCGCGUCAUCGACGGCCUGGAGCGCUCCGGGGACCAGUAGGUAGCGGCGAGGAUGAGGGGGAGGGAGGGGUUCUAGUACAACGAGCUGCAGUUGGUUUUUCCUGUACACGUCUGCAGCAACACAACUACUGGGUAUUUACACCUCUAUUGUCAGAUAGGGGACAAAACUAGUUUGGGAAAACAGUAUUUUAACUGCUUUAGUUGAUUUCAGUUACAGAAUGUCUACAAAAAAUCCUCAGAGGUGUGGACCGUUGACUUUGAGCUUACACAAAUCAACCAAACAAAAUAUGUUAUUCUUUUGGUACAUUAGUCUUAAAGCUUUGAUUGAAAGGUUUUUGCUACGUUUGUGAGGAAGUUGUCAGAGAGAUGGUUUUCUAGAUGCUGGCCUAGUUCUACACCUCAAAUACUUUUGGAAAAAACUCCCAAUUUUUACCUCUUUUCUUUUAUAUUGUGAAUAACUUGGGGUUACAGUUCUUACAAAGGUCCAUUUGUCCCCCUUUUUUUCAACUAUUGAAAUAGGAAAGGGGUGGGGAGGUAUGAUACACCGGGCCGAUACAAACAUUGUAUUUCAAUUAUGUAAAAAUCCUCAAGAUGUUAGAUGGUAGUUCAUAGCGAGACUUAUUUAUUCCAUUUUCCAUCCAAGAAGUUAAUCAUGUAGAUCCAGUUUGUUUCAGGAAGUCACCGUACCAUAGUGGCAAUAGUUUGCCAUCAGGACCUCUUUUUCAUUCUGUGGGUUUGUGUGUAUGGUUGCAUGAGCAAAUCCAUCAGGGGGACCUACUCGAAUGUGUGCAAAUGCGUUAUUUUGUGUGUGUGUGUGUUUUGUGAAAUGAAAAGCACUGUAUUAAAAAGUCCCCAUCCGACUAAGGAAAUGCAGACAGGCAGCAAUAUCUCAGGUAACCAACACGCAUAUAGAAUUGGAAAAGAGACAUCAAGAAUCUUAAAAUCAGAUUUGGUUUGAAAUCUGUCUCGGUAACUUACAAUACUUGUCGUUAAAUUGGUGCGGUUUGUGUUCUUGUAUCAUGUUGAAAUUGCAUAGUAAUGUAUAAAAAAAUAUAUACGUUUUAGAGUCGCACUGGCUUGAAGUAUGUCUUAAUAGAUAUUUUGAUGAGGACUUAAGUGUAAAUGGGAUCAAUAUCUCAACUUGAUUACAGAUUGAAUUUGGUCUAGUGCCUUUUUAAAUCUGUGGCAAAAAUACAAGCUCAUCCUGUACAACCCCAUUUGACCCUGCAUUGGAAAUUUGAAGCUGCACAUCAUUUUUUUAUUGUUUUAUGUUAGUAUUUGGAAAGUGAUACUUACCAGUAACUUAAUGCGAUAUUUAUGUUUUCUACAGUUUAUCAUUAAAUUUAAACUGUUUUAAACACUGGCUUAGCGUGCAUCACUUUAGCCAACUUGAGUUGGUUAGUUUGAUCAGGCUUUUUAUGUCUUUUCUUAUUAUUUCGGACCAUUUCUUUUUCUUUUUUCAUCAUGUCCCGCAUAAAAGAAAAUGUCUCUCUGCCAUGCUUCUCUAGGUUUAACACCUUUUUUACUCUAUUCAUAUUCCCCUUGGCACAGCUUUUUGUAAUUUUAAAUUUAUAGAAUCUGGACACUGUAAACACACGUUUUUAUACAAAUGACCCUAAUGCUGUGCAAAUUCGGGAGGGGGAAUUUAACUUUUAGUUUCACAUGAGAACGUUUGACAACAGAAGUCGGUAAUGUUGCCGAAUGGAUGAAAUCAUCAGAGGGUACUUCUACUUCAUGACAUCACUGAGGCCAAAGAACCAGCCAGAAUUUAUACACUUGACACUCACCUUAACAAAAUCCUCGGCAACUAUUUGUAUGCGCAAGAUGCAUUUAUGCCUCACUCUUUUGCAUUCUUCUUGGAGAACGAAGGUGUUGCAUCAACAAAGUACCAGACACAUGGACUGUGUGGCUUUGUAUCUGCACAUUCAGAUAAUUACCAUGACAUCUAGUUGUUGUACAAUGGCUGGAUUCAGAUUUGUAUUGGACCCAUUAUCUUGCAAUUCAUCCUCAUCUUUGAAUUAAUUAUUUAAACAAAAGUAGUUUACUAUUUGAACACGGCUUGUCUUAAUGUGUAUCAAUUGAUUGAAAAUGUCUCCCCAAACACCCAGUUCAUCCCUGCAGUGACUCCCCACCCCAUAUGGCCAAAGUAAUGAACUUUUUGCAUGCCGUUUUUAUGUUAUGUACAUGUUGUUUAUUGCUUCGACAGAGAACCCUUCCAACAUGUGUUGUGUGAUGAGUUAGCCAGAAGUUAAUUAUUAUGAAUCUUAUUUUCUGUAUUACGGCAACAUUUGCACUGAUGACUAUACUGUAUAGAUCAAAUUCACAUUACUUAUAAAGACUAAACUGGACACGCGUCCCCUGAAUUAAUCUGACAUGUUGGGGAAUCUUAAAAUUAAAAUAAUUUGAAGUAGACUUGAAAGGGGGGCUUGGUGCUGAGUCUGAAGCCAAUGUAUGUUUUACUAGUGACAGAAUAUGGGAUUUAUGAAAUUGUUAAUUGUAUAGUAAUCUUCAUGUAUGUUAUUUAAGGAAGGUUUCUACUACGUUUCCAAUGGAUCAUGGCAUUAACGGUGACAUUAGAAUUUUAAAAGAUUCAGUAUUUUGAGGCUUGCCGAUCAGGUGUUGUAUUUCAGACACUGAAAAAGGACGAAAGUGAAACUGUCUUAAACUUGCACACAAGCGCUCUCACACUGUUUUUUAAAAAAAAAUCAUUUCUAGCACCACAAAUGCCAGUUUGUGAGACAAAAAACAGCUUGAAAACACAAACCGUACACUUAAAGUUGCCACUAGCUAGGCAUGUAUGUACCAAUUGUCAUUACCACUUGGAUGUUGGAAGAUGCCAGUGGAUCUUUCAGGUAACAUUUCUUAGCACUGGAUUAAAUGCUACGUUCAGAUUCAAUGUUGAAACUGCCUGUGAAUGUCUAGUAAUUCCAUAAAUGUAAUGUACUUUAUCCUACUUUUUCUUAUUAUUCCAUGUCGCCUGCUUUUUAUAACAUGCUGUGCCAAUAAUGUAUAUUUUUUUAAUUAAUUUAAGGUUAUUUGUAUAAUUUUGUUCAUUUCAUUGAUAUAUUUAGACAUUUGUUUCAGAAUAUUUCUGUACUUCAGUGAUGUGGCAAACGCCAAACGGUUCUGUCUGCUGUUGUCUGUGUGAAUGUGUCUUCAUCAAAACCGGCUGAAGGAUAAAUGGUUCUCUUUUUGAAAAUGGGGUCCCGAUUUGAAUAAAUUAAUCACCACAGUAUGAA